AUGCCUCUCUGGAACAUCUAUCACACUGAGGGCACCUUCGCCUCCCAGGAGACCCGAGACAAGCUCGCCCAAGACAUCACCAAGAUCUACACCUUCGGCGAAAAAGGUCUUCCCGCCUUCUACGUCGUCGUCCAGUUCAUCCCCCUUCCCGCAGGCCAUGUCUUUGUCGGCGGUGAAGCCAGAGACGAGAAACCCUUCGUCAGACUGGUAAUCCAGCAUAUGGCUGUUCACAGUCAUGAGGGUGUUCACAUGGACGACUUUCCUAAGCAGUUCAGCGAUUACAUCAACGCUACGAUCAAGCCAUACAUUGCUGAUAAGGGUUACGACUGGGAGGUCACCGUCACUGAUACCCAGCGCGACUUUUGGAGGUUUAAUGGAAUUGCGCCGCCUCCUUGGAGGAGUGCGGCGGAGAGGGCUUGGGCUCGAGAUGGUCGCCCUUCAGAAUGGGAGGAGAAAUAA